AUGGCGACUGGGGAGGCGCUACGCAUAACGGCCCAGACGGCGUUGUUGCCUGAUGGCAAUUUGGAGGUUUCUGUACACAACGCCUUCGUGCCUGGAGUGAACGGCUCGGCUGUCAUCUUCUCGCUUCGUUGCUCUCAUCCAAAAUUCUUUUCACCUCUGGAGCCCACAGUCCCCGACGGUGUUCUCCUGCCGGGCGAGCGGCGGAAAGUGCUGCUGAGCGGGCCGCCAGACUGCGCCAACUGGAGCCGCCUCCGAAGCGACAGUCAUGACGUCAACUUACGGCUCGGUUCGACGAUAACAGAAGUUUUUCUGCGUGACGCUAACUCGGGUGUGCGAACGCAUAAACCGUUGGCUCUCCCUGCGAAGGGAGAGGAGGAGUCCGCGCAGAAUCCGCAACCUUUACCUCCGCAGCAAGCCACCAGCAAUAGUUUUACGGAUGCAGCUGUGAGUGGCGGAGAUGUAUCUACGACAGGGAAUAGUUUCACAAACCGUUACCGGGAAAAAGGGCUGCCAAAAAGAGUGCAGCCCACCACGAGGUGUAGGGGGUCUUCCACCUCAUUGCCGCGGUGUCUUCAUUUUUCUUACAGCACGGAGAGUCACGAGGAGGGAGAGACUCCUUCCACCCCGAAGCGACUGAAAAAAAGAGAGGAUGCUUGCACCCAGAUGUCGCCUUUAAUGGAUCCUAAAGGACCGCUGGGUGCUCUAGACACGAGUGAAAUUUCCAAAAGCUCUCUUGCGAAGGGGACUGUCCACAGCAAUUACAACAGCACAAGCGAUCUUCUCUUGUCGUCCCAAAGUCUCUCUUCCACAGUAAAACCGUAUGAAAACAGUUUGGAUUUUUUGGAUUUGGAUAGUAACUCACAGCCGCCUUUUUCUAUAAGCGUUGAAAACACACCCAAUACCUCUUCGCAGUGCCCUUAUUUUUUUGUUUACUAUGGGAAACUUGGUAGCGGAGCCAAGUACGUGAAAAAUGCCAUGGCAUGGUUAAAUAGGGAGAGGGAGAAGUAUGUAAUUUGGCGACAAAAGGUACUGCGGUGCCUGAAGGGACGCGGUGAGAGUGAGAGCAGUUUGCCCCCUUUGCUCGGUGAGCCAGUGCGGUGGCUCAAAAAUAUGGAUGGCGCUGUUAUUCACGGCCAAAAUUCCAAAUUAUACCGAAAUCCGUACAGCCGAAGUUCAGCCAAAAUGUUUGACAGCCAUCGCCGUGGUAAUGGCUGCGUCAUGGUCCCCUACCGACCCUCCCAUGGAGACCCUGCCUCCAUCAGGGAGAGAAGCGAGCUUUCGGGUGUAGAACUCGACAAGGAUCCCCUCUCACAAAACAGCGGCGGCACAAAAAAGGAAACGGGACGGCAAAAUGGUUCCGAAAACAUGGCUGUAGGCCAUGAGAACAGUGGAUGUAGUACCUCUGCUGCCGAUCGGCCCACGAACACCGCUACAUCCAUGAACUCCCCUCCGUCCCAUGGCAACAACAAUUCAGGCGAUGGGGUGUCAAAAACUGGAGUGUGGAGUAAACAGCGGUCGCCCGUGUUGCCCCUCGAAGCAAAAGUUCCCGCAUCUGCGCAGCUGUUAGAAGAAGACUCAGGCGGUUGUGGAGAACUGCCAUCUCUUGCAACAUUUGAUUGUCCCACUAACUUUCAUGCCCGUACUGAGACGGAGGAAACUGUGGAGAUGUUGGACCGCACUGUUUGUGGUGAGGACUACGGGGACUGUUGGAAUAAACGGAAGCGUAAAGGAAAGUAUGAAAACAAACGGCCAAUUGAUGCGGAACCCAUCGAAGCCAACUCAUCCGAUAUCGUGACAUUUCGACAUUUACGGGAUCGGCGAUCGAAUAGUAUCCUGGAAGGAAUUUUUGGAGGCCUUUCGCGUCGGUGUUUGGAAAAUAACCCUUCCAUUGACGAGGUGCAAAGCUCCCCCGUUCUUCCGCCGACGUCAGAAAAGGAGGAGGGAAGGUCGCCACGAUGUCGAGUGGAAACGAGGGAAGAAGAUGAGGCUUAUGUUCGGCGGAAGCAGUCCUCCUUCAAUGCGCCACGCAGAGGAUCCUUGAGUUUUAUUGGCAAAGUACCCCCUGGUGGUGAACUGAGUAUCUCUCAGGUGGGUGAUGCUCUCCGCAAUAUUGCCGUGAAGUCGGCUCCGCUGAUGCAGACUGCAAUGGGUGGCACAGUAAGCACCGUUGCAACGACCGCACAACUGUUUUUUGCUGUCAUUGAAGAUUCCAUUGAUAUUCUCCACGCCAUUUGCCUCCCCGUGCUGUCGUUGUUUUCGCUUUUUCUUCUCUGGAUGGCGUUUGGACCGACGGGGGACGAAGAUGGGAUGAUCAGCACGAUGAAUUUAUUUGCUUAA